AUGGCAAGAAUUACAAAAAGUUUUGUAUUGUUUCUUUUUUUAAUAAUUUUAAAUUGUUGUUAUGCUCAAGAUGUAAUUGAACUGAAUGAUUCAAAUUUUGAAAAUCUGACACAAAUGUCAACAGGAAACACUACAGGAUCGUGGUUCAUAAAAUUUUAUGCCCCCUGGUGCUCACACUGUAAAGCCAUGACCAAAACUUGGGCCAAACUAGCUGCUGAAUUAAAGGGAACAGUAAACAUAGCGAAGAUUGAUGUUACUACAAAUUCCAAAACAAGAAAAAGAUUUAAAAUAGAAGGUUUUCCAACAUUAGUAUAUUUUAAAAAUGGAAAAAUGUACGAUUACAAAAAUCAUGAUAGGUCAUUGGAAGCAUUUAAAAAUUUUGUUCUAGAAACGUAUAAAAAUGUAAAACCAUCUGACCCACCCAAACCUCUUAAUUAUAUGGAUAUAUUCAAAGACAUGGCAAAUGAAACCUUUUUAAAUAUAGAUAGAAUAUACAAAUAUGCCUUUCCAUCACUAGCGGUUAUUAUAGUUUUAUCAUUUUUAGUUGGAUUCAUUACAUGUUUUCUUUUGUUUAAAUUUUGUUCAAGUAGUUGUUCUCAACAAAAAGUGUCCAAAAAAAAAGAUUAA